AUGCCAAUUGUUAACGAAGGUCCCAAAAGUAUUAUACCUGAACAUAUAAUGAGUAUAGAGUCAGAAAACAAUCAAUUUUUUGACCUUUUUGAUGCAGCUACGUUAGGACAAUACGAAGAUAGAAAGGUAAAAGUUUUUAUUAGGAGAGAAAAAUCUGAAGGCUGGCGAGAAGUAGACAAUGGGUUAAACGGAGACUUGAAAAUGCUAGAAGUUCUGGGAAAAACAUUUAUAAUUCGUCUUGCAAGUGCUAUUUGGUAUAUUGAUCCACAUCUUUCAACACUAAGUGCAUGUUCAUAUCAUUUACCAGCUCUUUUUAAACAGUUAAAAACAUAUCAAGAUGGUAGAUCGUAUAAUGAAUUUUAUUACACUGGUCGCCAUAAAAAGGUACCAUUGUCUCAACAAAAACUUGCGCAUAUUUCGAAUUCACUCGAGAUUUCUAUUAGCCAACCAUGGGCAAGUAACAAUAGAUGGAGUCAAGUAAUGCCUGCAGUUCUUUCUUUAAUUGAAAUUCUAAAAAAAUACUCAGAUUAUUUAAUUACAACCAAUGCUAGUAUGAAUGAACUUCAUCAUAGCAAUGAAAGUGCCCGCAGUUCUGAGAAUAAUAGUACUAUGUACCAAGGUAAUUAUUUGGGAACAAUUAAUUACAUUUGGAGAAUUCCAAAAAAUGAAGAGUCGAAUGAUGAAACAUUAAAAGCACGUAUGUUAGCUAGAAUUCAUGAAGAAUUACCUCGUUAUUUUACACGGCAAAUGAAAAAAAAUGUACUUGAGAAGAAAGUUACACCAGCAGUAUUACGGAUGCUUCACUUUGAUCUUACAGGAAAUGCCGCUGUAACUUCUAAUGCAAUUAGUUGUGAUGUCGAAGAGAGAUUACGAUUGAUGUUGUUAUUAGCAGAUCCUAAUAUUAUAUUUGAUUUGCGUACCAAUAAUGGAUUUAAGGGGACAAAAUUUAAUAUAUUUUGGGAUGAAACAGAGGCUUAUUUCAAUGAACAAGUAAGAUUUUAUAUUCGUAUAUUACAUCGAGUAGAAAGAUUAAAAAAUACUUAUGGUGAUCCUUUACCUUCUAAUAUUAAUAUUCCAUCAGAUGAAUGGAUUCUACAAAGUCGGAUGCUUCGGAAAAGUAGUGAAGAUGCACAUUAUUGUGCUGCGCUUUUCAAAUAUCUUAGAGAAUUUUGUAUACAAUACCACCAGUGGACUUGUUUAAUCUCUGCUGAUGAUAAGCACAAGAUUCCUAUUGGGGAAGAUGUUGCAGUUUCUACGGUUUCUCAAGAAAGCACUUUGGCUGCUGCUGAUCAUAAUUUCUCAAAACUAUCUCUAACACCGUCGGUUAUAUUUUUUAUAUCUAUUCCUAAUGAUAUCUCUGGGUCAUUUUAUGAUGGACAGGUGUUUGUGUCAUAUAAAGAUACAGUUUUUGAACCAAGCACAGCUAUUAGACAUUCGGCAGAAUUUUUAAAAGUGUUAAAUAUUCAAUAUACAUCACAAGAAUCUAGUAAAUUAAAGUCUGAGUUAAAAGAAUGUACUUCAGGUGUUAAAGAAAUAUUAAAUAGUCGAACUGAACGACUUCGAUUGAAAAAUAAUCAAUUUAAAUACUUUUCACCUGCAAGCGAAGAAGCCAUUGCAGAGAUAUUUGAAUCUUUAACUAAUGAAGAACAACAGGAUUAUCAACAAAUAUUAGAAUCGUAUUUAUACUCCUGUGGCGCACCAAUUUUUCCUGAUGAUCAUUACUUAAAAGAAGUUAUAUUCGUACGUUCGCAGAUUAAUUGCGAUUCACCAAUUGAAAUAUUGUACUACUCAAGUCGUAAAGGAAACUAUCCGAUUUGCUAUUAUUGUGGAAGUAGAGAAGAUCUAGUAACUCCUCCUCAGUCUUUAAAAGAACGGUUCAAGCAAAUUUAUCCGUUAUGUGAAUUCUGUCAGUUAGACCAAAAAGAAUUCCAUAGAAAAGGGGCGAUUAAAACUAAUAAUAAGGCUACGAAACAUUCUAAAGAAUAUGAUUAA